AUGUCUUCGGAUGGACUCAAUCGAUGUAAAAGAGCUGUCAAUAGGAAUGGCGACACAAAUGAGGAGAACGUUUGUCGAGUGGUGUCUCGAGAAGUGUCGCUCGAAAGACCACAAAACCAGAGUAUUAUGAAGCGAGUGAUGAGUGGAAUGGCACUCUCGAUGGCUAUUCUUGUGAUGGUUUACUAUACGACUCAAUGCAAUGACACCAAAGAACUAGUGAUGGCUUCGGCCACUCAAUCCAUAAAAGAUUUGCCGAUAAGAAGACAAGUGAUGUGUUCUCAAGACUAUGACGAAGAGAGAGUUCGGUUCCCGUCUUGUGCUCCUCAAAGAUGCGGACGUUUUGUGUCCGAUUCGGUGAUCACUGAAUCGGAAGCCAAACACUUGUUGUUAGUGGCGAAGAGAGGCCUAUCAUUGGGCGGCUCUUCGGGUGGCGUGACAUACCUGAACGUAGACACGGGUUUGCUUUCGAUAGCAACUAAUUUCGUGAAUAUCUAUAAACUCAUUGAAAGGACACAACGAAUGGACGAAGACCUGAAAGAGCUGUUCACCGAAAAAGACUUACAAGUCUACAGAACUGUGAAAAAGAAAAUCCGCAAAAGGAUUGCAAUUGAGUUCGGCAUCCCUUCGGCUCAGCUCUACUUCACGAAGACUUCUUCUUUCUUGAGAAUGACGUCAAAGCGGCCCCAAAUCAAACCCGAUGUGUAUUGGCGCAGACAUGUCGACAAACGGGAAGUUAAGUAUCUUCGGUUCACUUCUUUGCUGUAUUUGUCGACAUAUGGCGCGGACUUCUCCGGCGGACGCUUUAUAUUCACCGACGAGAUGUCGAACCAAACAAUUGAGCCUAAAUUGGGAAGAGUCGCGGCCUUCACGUCCGGCUCAGAGAACGAGCACUUCGUCGAAAGGGUCACCUCUGGGACGCGAUAUUCUCUGAUAAUUGGCUUCACCUGUGACCCUAAGUUCGCCGUCAAAUACUUACAAAUUGACAUCCACUCGACGUAUAUCUCCUCAUCANUAGGACAUCCACUCGACGUAUAUCUCCUCAUCAGACGAAUGGCUAUCGACUGGAAAGAAGUGAAGGAUUUGUUGCGAACCAAAGACCAGCGCUUAAGAGAUGUCCAAAUCAGACAAAUCGGUGAUCACUCUAAUUACACAAAUGCAUUGAAUGUCACGUUUGACUCGCAGUCAAUGUCCAGUAGUCAUGAGAUUAUCACUAAUAAGGAGUUAAAAGACGCCGCGUUUGGAGUGAUAAGUCUCGUCAAUACUUACGAUUUGGAUAUCAAGUCAUUAGCGAAUGGAUUCAUUAGAUCUAAGACCAGUUCCGGUGCUGAAGUGAUUCAUAUACAUUUUCAGACAAACGAAAAAUAG